CGCAUCUCGUAAGAAGUAGCGGCGAAAUUUAGCGUUUUGUGACGCGCGACCGUGCGAACACGUGAGUUUCUAAGUACGAUGAGUCGAUGAUGGAAAUGAUUUAGGAAAAUGGAGAGAAUAUGCAUUCUUGGAAUGUGCUUCACAAUUCUGUUUCGUGCAAGUUUGCAGAUAACUCUAGUGAGGAAGAUUAAUCAAGUUCAGCGUAAUAAUCAUCAAAACAUUUCAACUCUUUUGGACAACCUGCUUAGAGGAUAUGACAACAGCAUUAGACCAGGCUUUGGCGGUCCGCCAGCUGUUGUAGAAGUGGAUAUUAUGGUACGAAGCAUGGGACCUGUUUCCGAAGUUGAUAUGACAUAUUCGAUGGAUUGCUAUUUUCGGCAAACAUGGAUAGAUACACGUCUAGCGUUUGCUGGAAAUUCUAAAGACACUUUGGCACUAAGCAUCUCCAUGUUGGCUCGUAUUUGGAAACCAGACACUUAUUUCUACAAUGGAAAACAGUCGUAUCUUCACACCAUUACGACACCAAAUAAAUUUGUUCGCUUGUAUCAAAAUGGACGGGUAUUGUAUUCAUCAAGGUUGACGAUAAAAGCUGGUUGCCCUAUGAACUUGGAAGACUUCCCAAUGGACAUCCAGCGAUGCCCCUUGAAAUUCGGCUCGUGUAAGUAUCAUAUCGCAAAUGCCCUCAAUUUGUAA